CAGACGUUUAAAACGCGCCGCCAGUUGUUGGUUGAACGAUUUUGAAAAAAAUAACUUACGUUACGUAAUUUAUAUCUACGAAUAAGACGAACGUGUUACAGUUUUUUUUUUCUUAAAAAACGAAUUUUCUAUUUUGUAAAUUUUUCUCUCGCGUGGAAAAUUUUUUUUUUUCAUCGAGCGUACGAAUUUUAACGAAAAUUAACGGGUGAAGUUUGAAUUUUUCGGAAUUUUUUUCUCAGUUUCGUUGGUCGUGAUUGAAAAUUAUUUUAAGACAGGCCAAUUAACCUGCACGUGUCGAAGAAAAAAAUAAUUCGAAUUGCCGCGUCGACCAGCAACACGCCGCUCUCGCGACUCGACCGAUUUAAAAAUACGUACCUAAAUGAGGUUCGCGCGCGACAUGCCAGUUGUCGUCGUCGUCGUAUCGCACAUUUAUUAACCAUACCACAGUACGAGAUCGUGACAGCGGCGAGUUGAUUUUUCCAUCAUUGUUAUAUUAGAAUUUCUCAAAACAAACUAGUCCGUUUUACGCGUUUCAGUUUAUCGCGAACUGGUUUUCAAUUAAGUAAAUUCGCGCAAGGAAAAAAAAAGCGCAAACGAGCAGAAAAAACAGGCGAUUUCUGCGCCAGUUUCCGUGACGCGAUUUUCCUUACAUUUAACGAGGGCGGAUACGUUGCCGUUGAUCGACAACGAAAUGAUAAUCGCUUAUUGAUCGAUACUUGAGAAGAAUAGUGCACCGCGUGUCGAGUUUUUUCCCUCGUUCGUACUUACCGGUUUUGUCUCGAUUUUUGUUUUGGUUUCAUAAUUUAUCGUCUUAAAAACAAACGACGGCGGCGACGUUUAUUUUCCAUACGUGAUAAAAUGGCGUAAAAUUUUCGUCUCGCGGUGAUAACGAUGUUGUGAUUGAUUUCCUAAUCGUGUGCCGAGUAGUCGUAGUGAGUUUUUUAUCAGCCAAAUUAUGGAAAUUCAAGCGAAUUUUUCUACUGGUCGAAGAAUCCCAGCGUUGUCUUUGGAGAGUCAUCUUGGUCGGUGUAGCCGAAACGUCUGAGCAGCCUGUCGUCAACAGCUUUGCUGGAUGGAAUCAUCGAUUUUUAAUCAGGUUUGCUCGCGUUAGACAAGAGCUGCAAGCCGGAUUUUCGCACACAGCCGUCGAAGGCUCUCUAGGGAGCAAUAAUGUAAAUGAGAUCGACUACAAUAACGAAUACACGGGUCACCGAUGAAAUCGUUCAGUUACGAAUCACCAAAAUGGGAUCAGGAAGAUGUUGAUUAUAAUCAGCCAAAAUCUGAUAACAUAACAGAUUUAACAGAAAUCGAUCAAAUUAACAACACAGCUGCAGCUACAGUUUGCCUACUGUUAAUUGGUACAUUUCUAUCACUGCUGAUCUUCCUAUCCAUAGCGGGUAACAUCUUGGUUUGCGUUGCCAUCUACACAGAUCGAGGCCUCAGACGCAUCGGUAACCUAUUCUUGGCAUCUUUGGCCAUCGCUGAUCUGUUUGUGGCUGCUUUGGUCAUGACAUUCGCCGUUGUCAACGAUUUACUCGGAUACUGGAUGUUUGGCGCGCAAUUCUGUGAUACAUGGAUAGCGUUCGACGUGAUGUGCUCGACCGCUUCAAUCCUCAACUUAUGCGCGAUAUCGUUAGACAGAUAUAUCCAUAUAAAAGAUCCACUGAGGUAUAGUCGUUGGAUUACGAAACGCGUAGCGUUCACGACCAUAGCCGGCGUCUGGUUACUGGCGGCUUUGAUAUCGUUCCUGCCCAUCUCGUUGGGUCUGCACCGGCCCUCGGAGCCGAAGGUGAUACACGACGGAGAGACCGAGUAUCCCACCUGUGCGCUCGAUCUGACACCCACGUACGCUGUGGUCUCAUCCUGCGUCAGCUUCUACAUACCUUGCAUCGUGAUGCUGGGCAUCUACUGUAGGCUGUAUUGUUACGCGCAAAAGCACGUGAAAAGUAUACGAGCGGUUACGCGGCCUUUGACCAGCACAACGCCGACCAUGACUGCUGUACACCAUCAAGGUUCCUCGCCGUAUCACGUUUCCGACCAUAAGGCCGCCAUAACGGUAGGCGUCAUAAUGGGCACCUUUCUGCUAUGCUGGGUGCCUUUUUUCUGCGUCAACAUCAUAGCCGCCUUUUGCAAGACUUGUAUACCGGGCAUAGCUUUUAAAAUUCUAACCUGGCUAGGAUAUUCGAAUUCCGCCUUUAAUCCUAUCAUAUACUCCAUAUUUAAUACGGAAUUUCGCGAAGCCUUCAGGCGAAUAUUAACCGCUCAUUAUCCGUCUUGCUGCUGCAAAGGAUACCGUACGGUGAAUUUCAAUUCGACCGACGUGUCCGUCCGCAAGACGAGGAAAAGCGACGAUUCGGUCUUGCAGCAGAAUAUCAUCAAGCACAAUGGCGGCGUCAAGGAGUUCAACAGCAACAGCGCUCGAUCGUCGGUCGCCUCUUUACGUCAGACUCGCAUCAAUUCGACCGAAAAGGUCAUCAUCGAGACUGAAGAGACCAGUAUCAUCUGACUAAUACCGACUUUUCAAAAAGAGCAAUUAGUAUGACUAUAGGCGUCUCGUCGUACCCGGGCCUUUUCCUCAGUUCUACCCUCUUUCUCGACUACAUCAACCAAAGAAAAAAUAAUUCGCAACAAAGAGCCGAGAGGUUACGGAUGCCCAAAGUACGACGAAUAGAUUAUCUCUUCCCUUGCCUCCCUCCCUUAACCCAGCCGUGUUACGCUUCGUGUUUUUUUUUUCAUCGUUCGUCCCUUUCUGUUCCCUUUUGUCAUUUACCUUACCUUACCUACCCUGUGUCGAUUUUCCCUUCCUAGUACUUUUUAUAGACGAUGAAGACGACGAUCGAAGAAAGCAUUUUGGUUUCCUGGAGAAGAAGCCUUCUACCUUUUCGAACCUUCGAUUCGUGAGUUCGUUUUGUUUGUUUGUUUGUUUUUUUUAAUAUGAUUUUUUUCGUUGUUUUGAUGAGCAAGUUUUUGAUAAAUUCCUCCUUGUCUGUUUCCUCUUCUCUGGUCAUUUUCUUCCAUCUGCGUCAUUGUUCUUAUAAUGCAAGAGUGUUGGUAUCAUUUUUUUUUUUUUUUUUUUUUUAGUUGAAUGAACGAUUUUUAUUAAUGAAUACCUAAUCAAUGAUUUUAACGUAAUUGAGAAUAUUAGACAUAUCUGUCUCGUUUGUUUUCGAUUUUCGCUGUUUCCCUCAAUUUUCGUAAAAUUUUCUCUACGUUGUAUAUUUUUGAAGUAGUGGUGCUGGCAAUAAUUCAAAAAAAUACUAUGAUAUUUAAAAAUAUUGUUAAAAUUGAAAAUGGCAAACCUUUACGAUACUCCUCCCUCCUCGAUUAAAAUAACAAAUUUCUGAAAGAACAUUCCUCCUGCUCCGUACCUUUUCAUCAGCUAAAAAAGUUUAAAAAAACAAGGAAAUUCGCGUAAAAAUGUAACACAUUUUUAGAACUCUGUCAUAGGUACAAUUUUUAAGAAAAAAAUCCCUUAAUCUGUUUGAGAUGGGGGAAUUUCUCAGCAUCAGUAUCACUUUCCCUGGAUAAAAAAAAUUGCAAUAAAAGCACAUAAAUUUGAAAUUCAUCAAAGAUGGGUUGUUUUGUAUUUUUUUUCGCCAGUCUACUCAUAUUUUUUGGAACAUAUGAAACGAUCGAUCACUCGUUUAAAAAUUUCCACCCCCUUCCUCCCCCCAUCACACAAACCUUGCCCCGGAAUUAUCUUCUUCCACUGAAGAAUAAGAAUGUUUUGAAAAUUCAGUCCUGUCAACUUUUUCAACGUGAUCCUCAUGAAAAGUUUACUAGAUAUUCGUCAAAACAAUAAAUGUCGAUUAACCCCUCUUUUUGUCUAUUCGGGAAAAAUCGUUAAAAAAUUUCCAACGCAAGGCAAAUGAAAUAUGUACUCAAAAACAUGAAACAUUUGAAAAUUUCAAGUGAAAAAAAAAGUGUGUAAUAUCAUCAAAAAACUCAUUUGUGAUUUUAAAUAUUUCAAAAUUUUUUGAAAACACCAACAAGAGAGAAAGUGAGUCUACUUUGAUGUAUCUCAGGAAAGUUGUUCAAUUUUUUUCUGGGUUUUUAAAACAGCUAAGUUGUAUGUAUUAAUUUCAAAAAACUCAUAAUUUUUCAAAACUUUGAACUGUUUAUAGUCUUGAAGGACAAAGACCAUUUCAAAGAAGUUUCAAUUUUUAAAAAUAUUUCGAGUCAAAAUCUUUUAAAUUGUAGACAACACCUAACUUACUAUAAAUUUUCCAAAAAAUCUGAGUCAAUAGUUUUCUGAAAUUUAAACGAUUGUUAAAUUUGAAGAGCUGCUUAGAAUUUUUUUCAAUUUCAUAAAAGUUGAUUAUUUUUUGAAAUUUUGAGAAUAAUCUGAUGACGAAGAAACCUUUUGAACUGACAUCCUCCGAUUCGAACGAAUCCUCCACGGUCAAAAUUUCAAGUCUCAAAGUUCGUUUUUGGAUUUUUGGGCGAAUUUUUGAAAAUUUUAAAAUUUUAUAAAAGCUGUUUCAAGGACGAUUUUUCAACUUUCUUUUUUACAAGUAUAAAUUUUUUAGGGCAAAUUGAAGCAAUGUGGAUAGUUCCUUUACUACAACUCAUACAUGUCAAUAACUACAUAUUAAUUUUGGAAUAAGUACCUAUUCUGGAGCCUCCAGCGAUUUUUCAAUUUUCUCCAGAAACAAAUCAACUUUACUUUAGAAAUUAUAACUUUGUCUGUGUUUAUUGAAAGCACUCUCGAUUGUUUGAGAAGUUCGAUUUUUGUCCCUCAAAAGUAAUUUGAGAUUUUUAGAAGUAAUUGUAAAAUGAUGCAUGGGAGUUAAAAUUGAAGGAAUUAUUUGUUUAAAUUAUUUCUUUUUCCUCAAAAAAAUGUAUAUUUCACAAAAAAGUUUGAAAAUCACCGCAUCAAAACAGAUUUUAAAAAAAUUCGUCAAAAAUCCAAAAAUGAACUUGAGAUCCUUAAAUUUUGAUCAGGGUGAUUUUGAAACAUGCUCUUCCGAUUCUGUGUGCUUUCGUUCGAAAUCUUUUUUGAGAAAUUCAAUUUUUUUUUGCAUUUAAUAUUUUUAGGCUUUUUUUUUUUAUUAACAAAGAAACAGCAGAACUGGCGUGAGACAUUCACCACAUACAAUUAACAGACACAAAUUUACAAAAGUGUGAGGAGAAAAGAAAAGUGGACCAAAGCCCAAUUUUCUACCUAUUCGGCAUUUGAUGAAGAAUUACACGAAGAAAUCCGUGGUCUUUGUUCUAGCAAGUCUUCUUGUGAAGUUAUUAUCUAGUAGUUGUAUCGCUUCCGAGUUGGUAUGCUGGUAUAAUCGUUUUGAGUGUGCUUUUGCUGAUAUCCUGAUGAUUUCGUCCACUGACAUGAUUUUCCAGUCCCUAUGUAGGGUUCUGUUGCUAAUGUACCAAGGGGCGUUGCUCAUCAAUCUCAGAGUUUUGUUUUGAAAACGUUGGAUGAUGUCUCUGUUGGCCUUUUUAGCACACCCCCAAAGAGGUGCUCCAUACUUCCAGACUGGCCGAAGCCUGUAAUUUUUUCAGAUAGGUACCUACAGUUCUUUCCAAGUAUCAAACUAAAUCAAAGUCAACAAUUUUUCCAUUUUUUUUUUAAUGUAAAAUCUUUUUAAAUUCUCCCCAUCUCAUUUUCUGAUAAAAAACAAUUUUUUUGAUUUUAUAUCGAGUUAAGAACUUUUUUUAAAAGUAAAAAAUCGAAUGCUUUUUUGAAAUUUCCUAGUUAUUAUUAUUUUCAAAAAUUGCUGAAUUAACAACUUUUCGAGAAUUGCAAAUUUGAUCAUUUUGAAAAACUUUUGAAAAGUGACAUUCACAAAGUCAACAAUUUUUAAUAGGUACUUACAAUUUCACCAAAAAUUGGUAGGUAUCAAAGUUUUAACUGUAAUAGUUUUCAUUUUCCAAAAGUUCAAAUUUUUUAAAAAAAUGACACUUUUGUAGUCAAUUUUAAUUGUUUGGACAUUUAAAAAAAAACAGAAGUAAAUUUCAAGUUGACGUAUUUUUAAACAAUAUUUUUUUAUGUAAACUUCAAAAAAUGUACAAGUUUUUCAUUUAUUGAUUUGAUUAUUUUUACAUAGGCUCUCAAGAUAACAUAAAAUAUUGAUCAAGGACCCCAUCCUUCCUCCCCCAAAAAAAUAAUUUGGUAGCAAGUAUACGAUGAGCUCAUAACGAAACAAAAACCCCACACACACUCACACAUUCGAAUACAAGGUUAAAAAUUGAACAAUGCCCAUAUCUAGCGAUACGAGGCAAAUCACACUCAUAAUAUCUUACAAAAAUCUCCCAAAGGCCAUAAAAAUUUGCCAUCGCCGCAGCCCACAAGCACCACGAAUAUACGAUCUUAAAAUUGUUAUAAAGCUCACGUAAUUAGAUGCAUACGCGUUCGACUGCCUACAACAUGGUUAAUUACUAAAUUAGGUACGUUAGUAAUUAUAUCUACUUGGUGCAAGGUGCACGUUAAGCAACAGCCAAAAUUAUCGGUUUCAUUUGGUCAUCUACUAAAUUAUCGUUUAAACAGCUCGUUUUUACAUAAUAUCAGUAUGCUUUAGAGUCACAAAUUACCAUUAAUGUAACAACUCUUCGUACUCGCCAAAUGAACCCUAUAAUAUUAAAAAAAAAAAAAAAAAAAAA